ACUCAAUAUUAUAUUGGUAACCCUGAGCACUCAGCUUGUGGCGCUGGUCUGACCGCUUCAUUAUUCUGGUAUGUAAGGAUACCUCGCGCUCUUGGAAGGCAUAUUCAGACUUUCGGGCCCAAUGCUACGGAGAAAACGUAUAUCGGGCUAUUCCCUUGUGAACUGACUUACACCGGCGCCAUUGUCCUUGUCAAGUUCUCUAUUCUGGCCUUGUGCUGGCGUCUAUUCAACAGGGCGAACACCAAGAUUCCCAAUAGCAUUCUUGCCACGGGAGUCUGUAUGUGGGGUCUCGCCGUAGUUAGUGUCACUUUUCCGCCCUCAAGUAGGAGAUGA